AUGGCUGUCAACUUGAGCGAAUCUGGUGUGCACACCGCAUCACCCGUCACCGUAAGCCUUCGCGAUUUGCAGUCAGGCUCCGUACCCUUCGAGGCUCUCGAGGAUGCUUUCGGCCCUGAUUCGCUGGGCAUCAUUGUCGUUCGUGACUUGCCGUCUGACUUUAUUACUAUGAGGAAGACCCUGUUGUCGUAUUCCUCGUAUCUGGCCAACCUGCCUCAGACUGAGCUUGAAAAACUCGAGGACCCUCAGAGCAGUUAUCUAGUAGGCUGGAGUUGCGGUAAGGAGACACUCAAGGACGGCAGGUUCGACACGCUCAAGGGUUCCUACUACGCCAACCCCGUCCAGAACUCGGAGCUGCAUCAAAAGGCCAUCGAGAAGUUCCCCAAUCUUCCGGAAUACACCGCAGCGAAUAUCUGGCCAAGUAGCCAUGUUCUUCCUGGCUUCGAACAAGCCUUCCAGUCACUGUGUACCUUCAUUGUUGACACUGCUGCACUCGUUGCUCAGGCCUGUGACCGCUAUGCACUCAAGAAUGUGCCUCAAUACCAGGAAGGUUAUCUCGAGCAUGUUGUCAAGACCAGCAUCUCUACGAAGGCCCGCUUGCUCCACUACUACGCACCAACUGCCGAUCAAGGUGAAGGAGAGAGCUCUCCUGACGAUUGGUGUGCGACACAUCUGGACCACGGUUGUCUGACAGGCUUGACUUCAGCCAUGUUCGUCGAUGAAGCAGCUAACCCUCCUCGCAUCGAUUCUGCACAAGUCUCGCCAUUGCCCGAGUUGUCCUCGGCUCCGGACCCGGCAGCUGGGCUCUACAUCCAUUCCCGCUCUGGCAAGGUGACUAAAGUCAACAUCCCAAAGGACUGUCUUGCUUUCCAGACCGGUGAAGCUCUUGAGGUCAUUACCAAGGGCAAAUUCAGGGCGGUGCCUCAUUUCGUCAAGGGUGCUGCUCCUGGCAAAGGUGGACAGGUCGCCAGAAACACACUGGCUGUUUUCACCCAGCCAAACCUUUGGGAGAUGGUUGACGAGAAGCGCGAUUUUGCUACAUUUGCCAAGGAGAUUGUUGAGCGCAAUCACUGA